AUGGCAUACAUAGAGCAGCAGCGUCUAGAUGGGUAUGCGGAGCGUGUGCGAUACGCUCUCAGCCGGAAGCAAGCAUUCGACCGGAAGCUGGAGAGCCGUAAGCCGGGAGAGGUGAUCUUUGCUCCAGGCAAGAUGGUUCAGGUCCACAGGAGCAAUUUGGACGUCUUAUCAGCGCACAAGAAGCUGGUCUAUUCGUGGGGCGCACCAUACCGGGUCAAGACACGGGUGCUCAACUCGUAUAUCCUGGAAACCGUCGAUGGGGUCGAGCGGAGGGGUUUAGUCCACGCGAGGAGGUUGAAGAGGUUUGCGCCGAAAAUAGGGUCAGGUCUAGAGGCGGUACAUCAUGCGUUUCUUGCAGCGAGGGUCUUGGUUGGCAUUGGGACGACGCCAGGAGAAGGGGGGGCACAUGUGUUGGGGGUGAGCGAGAGCAAUCGGGUGGCUGUGCUAUUGGAUCAUUAG